AUGGAUGACGUCUGGUCCGAUGAUGAGUUCAACUUCACUCCCAACUCCAAGGAGACAUACGGAAACGUGGAAACCACACACAUGAACAUCAACUCGCUGCGGCAGGUGCACGGCAAGAGAGGUUAUCUUGAUGGUGUUUCGCAGAGCAAAGAGUCCACAAUCCAGGAAGGAUUUGAUUCAGGAUUUGGAAUCGGACUGAGAAUAGCAGACCAAGUCGGGUUUGUUCUGGGAGUUUUGCAGUUUCAAGCUACUGUUGAUCCGGCCCAUUAUGGGGAAGUGUACGAGAGUGCAAAGGUGGAGCUGAACAUCCAGGAUUUGCUGAAAAUCUCUUCUUUUGACGAAAGCUUGGAAACUUUUAAUAAUCCAACGAUGACUAAAUGGGUCAGGAUAUGUGAUGAACUGAAAUGA